UUUUUGCAGGUAACCGCUGCACUGCAUGACCAAACACCUUAGUCAGAUCAGCAGCUUGCCGAGCUAUUGGUGUAAUUUCAUGUUUUCCAGAAACUUCUUUAAGUGCGGGGAUGUAUGAAAAUUUUAUCUUAGCUGUUGAAGCGAACACCCGCGAUCCCUUGAUCUCGGUGCGUAUAACAGCAUCCUGGUCUUUGGCCAAUUUAUGCGAAGCUCUGCGUUACCGUAUCGGUGAUAGGUCCUUUGAAGGAUCAAAUACAACUUCACAAGUUGUGGACACACUAAUAGAAUGUGCUUUGCGCCUUACCGAGGAUGGGGACAAGGUCAAAGCCAAUGCAGUUCGGGCACUGGGGAGUAUCUCAAAAUAUGUAAAAUUGCAAUACCAGACAAGUAACCACGAGGUUUUACCUUUGCACCAUCACCAUUUAUCUUGCGUGGUAGAUUCAAGCUGGUUGGAGAGGACCGUGCAAGCAUUUAUUUCCAGUGUUACUACUGGUAAUGUUAAGGUUCAAUGGAAUGUGUGUCACGCGUUAAGCAAUUUGUUCUCCAAUGAGACAGUAAAACUGCAAGAUAUGGAUUGGGCUCCAAGUGUUUUUAGUAUUCUACUAUUGCUGCUCCGUGAUGCUUCAAACUUAAAAAUAAGAAUACAAGCGGCUGCCGCUUUAGCUGUUCCAGCAACCCCACUUGCUUAUGGGAGAUCAUUCCUUGAUGUUGUAAAAGGUGUGGAACAUACUUUACAGAGUCUGAAUUCCGACAGAGAGACGACUCCAACAAAUUUCAAAUAUAAGAGAUCGCUAGAGAAUCGGUUAACCUCAACCAUGCUGCAUCGCUUGAGCCUAGUUUCGAGCUGUCAUUGUGAUGCGUUGACAGAUUUUCUCCUAAAAAAAGCCUCUUUUCUAGACGAGUGGUUGAGAGGAUUGUGUGUGACAUUGAAGGAGGAAGACAACGCAUCUCGAUCAAGCGACACAAGCACUUCGGGUGAGAAGCAGAAGAAAGAGUUGAUCUCUAAAGCUAUACAGUCACUCGCCAGAAUCUUAGGGGCUGGAUAUAUCCCUGAGAUGGCUCUAAAGUUGCAAGAGUUAGAUAGCAAUGUGAAUUGACUUUAGCUGGCUAUGUUUUCGGGUUUGUCUUGGCACAGUAAUUUGUAACACAAAUGACUGUACAUUACCUCCAUCAAAGAUGCUUACUAGUUUUGUAAUGGUUCAGCUAAACAUUUAAUUGUCUCAUCAUUCACUUUUUAUAGCAAAUAUUGUGUUGAUGUCUGUAAUUACGUUUAUAGUAUAUAUAUA